CUUGGUGGGGGCGGAGGCCAAGACCACAGGACACAAGGUUAAUCGUCGCCGUAAACCCUCGCUCCCCAAAACCCUUUCCUUGUUGCUGGGAUCGUGACCAAAAGCCAUCGCCGGAGUUUCUUCGACAGAUUCUGCGAUGGCCUUGAGGCGCAGCUUGUCCAUAAGGUCGACACUUAGUGCUCAUUGUUACCAGCUAUCUCCUAGUUACAUUAUUACUCAUGAUAAUGAUCGGGACUUGGAUUCGUCCUGUCAAACGCAAUCUCAAAGAAGUUACCACAGCUUUCUUCAUCAAAGAUCCUCUAACCACUCUGUUUCCUCACAAAUGUCAAGGGGAUGUUCACAUUUUUCUCUGUUUCCUACAUCUGGUUCCGCUUUCUACCGCUAUAUGUCUAGUGCACCUGGGGCUGGCUCAGACAUCGCUGAUGUCUUAACCGAUUCAGCAUUGCAAGCUGUGGCUUCUCAGGCUGUUGUUGUCAGUGAAGUUGCUAAUGCGGCUAAAGAUUCUUUCUUUCCCAUUGCUGCUCUUCAGCAUUGCAUUGACAUGGUGCAUUCAUUCACGGGCCUUGAUUGGUGGUUAUCCAUUGUUCUUGCAACUCUUCUGAUCCGAACAAUGAUGGUUCCACUCUUGAUUAAACAGCUCAAAGCAACUACACAGUUGACGCUGCUGAGGCCACGGUUGGAGGCAGUCCGGGAGGACAUGCAAAAUAAGGGAAUGGACCCAACUGCGGUUGCGGAAGGUCAAAAACAAAUGAAGGCUUUGUUCAAAGAAUAUGGUGUCAGUCCGUUCACUCCAAUGAAAGGGCUCUUAAUUCAGGGCCCUUUGUUUGUCUUCUUCUUCCUUGCAAUUAGAAAUAUGGCAGAGAAAGUACCUUCUUUCCAGACAGGCGGGGCGCUUUGGUUCACUGAUCUCACAACUCCCGAUAGCUUGUACAUCUUCCCAGUCCUGACAGGGUUGUCCUUUUUGAUAACCGUCGAGUGUAAUGCACAAGAAGGCAUGGAAGGGAAUCCAAUGGCUGGAACAGUAAAAAACGUUUGCCGGGCUUUUGCAGUUCUCACAGUCCCACUGACGAUGAGUUUCCAGAAGGCCAUAUUCUGCUACUGGAUUACAUCCAACCUGUUCUCCCUCAUGUACGGACUUGUGAUUAAGCGUCCGCAAGUGAAGAAAGUGUUGGGCAUUCCCGAACUGCCUCCACCCGAGCCGGGAAGUACCCCUUCUUUUAACCUCUCUGAUGCACUUAAGAAACUAAAGGAGAUCACUCAGAAAGAACCCGACUCUUCGCCAGGAAAAACUACGCUUAUAAACCCGAGGGCACGGCCCCCGACCCCGAGUCCCGUCAAUCAGAGGCUGAAGGCCCUAGAGAGCCAAGUCAAGAAGAGGAAGAACAAGAGGAGAUGAUUUUCCUCAUCGAUGCAGCAUUGUUGGGGGGAUGUUAAGGACAGAACAAUGGCCAAGCUCUGUUGUUGGACAAAAGCCUUAAAAGAUCAGUUUUGUUAGUUUUAUUUAUUCUAUUUUCCCCAUCUAGAAAUGCAAUAAGUUUUCACUGAGAUGCAGAGAGGUUCACUCUUAUCUCACUCAUGCACUGUCAAGAGAUACUGCGAUCUUUUGUUUUUCAUCUGAAAUAAAGAUGGACACAGAUCUUUAUUCAAAUAUCCUUCCGGACUUCUCAAAGGGAAAGGGGAAAGGUCGUUGUUUUGGUA